UCUGUCCCUCGCUGCGCACUGUAGAAGCAGGAAGAAGUGCUGUAACAUUUUAAAUACAUUGCAUGCCUGUCCUCUUUGAGAUACAACCAUUAGAAUGGAGGCUGAAACGACAAAGUUGCUUAAUAACGGCUCACGCUGCAUAUUUUUCAAUACAGAUUCAGACGACUAUCGAUGUGUGGUGAUUUUAACGGUGAAGCGAGCAACGGGCACCUUCUCAUUAGUUGGAUGCUUUUUCAUGCUGUUUGUCAUCUGGUUGCUGCGCAGGUAUCAGUCUUUGGCUCAGAAGAUGAUUCUUAGCCUGACAGUAGCAGCCUUCUUUGACAGCGCAGCAUAUGUCAUGGGCGAGUCCCAUCCGGAAGGCUUUCUGUGCGCUUUUCAGGGGCUGUGGCUCACUUACUUUGACUGGUGUGCCCUGGCCUGGGUCUGCCUCAUCACAUUUAACCUCUACCUCAACCUGGUCAGAGAGAUCAGCACCAGCAGAUAUGAGACAUUCUACCAUGUGACCGCCUGGGGGCUGCCUCUCAUCAUGGCUGUCCUGCCCUUGCUGAAGGGCUGCUACGGUCCGGCGGGAGCCUGGUGCUGGAUCACAGACAAUCACGUAGCCUGGAGAUUUGGGAUAUGGUACGUUCCUCUGUUCACCCUCAUCGUCCUGAUGAUCUGCUGCUACGCCAGGAUCAUCUUCGUGGCCAAUCGAAGG